AUGCCUGGUUUUCCAGUAAAUGCGGCCUCUCCUAUGCUCCAGCAAGAUUUCGAAGAUCGUGAAGUCCUGGAGCUGGAUUUUACUUCGACAGGGAUUAAUAUUGGGCGGUUCGCUGCGUAUGAUUAUUUUGACGACGGGAGCUUCUACAUUUUAGACACACCAGGCCACAUGGUCGGGCAUAUAUAUGGUUUUGCGAGGACAUCAGUAUCACCUUCCACGUUUAUCCUGAUGGGAGGCGAUGCAGCCCACCAUGCUGGCGAGUUUCGGCCAUCUGAAUAUCUCCCAGUGUCCCAAAAUAUUUACCCAUUUCCAGCAACCGAAUCUUGCUGCUCAUGCUUCCCGAGUGAUUUGUUUCUCUCACUUCAUCCGUACAGGAGCCGGACCAAGCCAUUCUAUUCGCUCACGCCAGACUUCAAUCACAAUCUGGAAUUAGCCAACUGGACUAUUGCUGGCUUGCAAGAGCUGGACAGCUUGAACAACGUCUGGGUGAUUAUUGCCCAUGAUUCGACACUCAUUGAAAACGUCGCAUUCUUUCCACAUAACUUGAACAACUGGGGUAAUAUGCAGUAA